UGGGGAAGCUGGCUGGACGGGCGUUGACGUCUGCGCUCUCCCUGCCCUGUGAGCCUGGGCUUCCCGUCAGCCCUCGCGCAGAUCCAUCAGUCACCCAGCGCGCCGCACGGUCACGUGACCACUGAAUCACCACGGGUAAUGAUGACUGGAACGCAGCAGAAGUCGAGAAUGUAGCAGUAACAUUAUGGAGGAGACAUCUCCUUAUUCCUUACUUGAUAUCUGCUUGAGUUUCCUGACCACUCACCUUGAGAAAUUCUGUUCUGCAAGGCAAGAUGGAACAUUAUGUCUGCAGGAACCUGGGGUGUUUCCACAAGAGGUAGCUGAUCGACUGCUUCAGACCAUGGCAUUUCAUGGUCUACUGAACGAUGGAACUGUGGGUAUUUUUAGAGGCAAUCAGAUGCGCUUAAAGCGAGCUUGCAUUCGCAAAGCAAAGAUCUCUGCUGUUGCUUUCCGGAAAGCCUUCUGCCAUCACAAGUUAGUGGAACUGGAUGCCACAGGUGUGAAUGCUGACAUCACCAUCACAGACAUUAUCAGUGGGCUUGGCAGUAACAAAUGGAUCCAGCAGAAUCUCCAGUGCUUGGUGCUGAACUCAUUAACUCUCUCCCUGGAGGAUCCUUAUGAGCGGUGCUUUAGUCAGCUUUCCGGCCUUCGAGCUCUCAGCAUCACCAAUGUUCUCUUUUAUAAUGAAGACCUGGCUGAAGUUGCCUCCCUGCCACGACUGGAGAGCCUGGAUAUCUCUAACACUUCAAUCACAGACAUCACUGCUCUGCUGGCCUGCAAAGACCGACUCAAGUCUCUAACCAUGCACCACUUGAAGUGUUUAAAAAUGACAACUACCCAGAUCCUAGAUGUUGUUCGGGAACUCAGACUUCUAAAUCAUCUUGAUAUCUCAGAUGAUAAACAAUUUACAUCCGACAUAGCUCUUCGCUUACUAGAACAGAAGGACAUCCUACCCAAUCUUGUCUCUCUGGAUGUUUCUGGGAGAAAGCAUGUGACAGAUAAAGCUGUUGAAGCCUUUAUACAACAACGGCCCAGCAUGCAGUUUGUAGGUUUGCUGGCCACUGAUGCUGGUUACUCUGAAUUCCUCACAGGCGAAGGAUAUUUGAAGGUAUCUGGAGAAGCCAAUGAAACUCAGAUUGCAGAAGCAUUGAAGCGGUACAGCGAGCGGGCAUUUUUUGUCCGAGAAGCUCUUUUUCACCUUUUUAGCUUGACUCAUGUGAUGGAAAAAACAAAGCCAGAAAUUUUAAAGCUUGUGGUUACUGGGAUGAGAAAUCACCCAAUGAAUUUACCAGUGCAACUGGCUGCAAGCGCCUGUGUAUUUAACCUAACCAAGCAGGAUCUUGCCGCAGGAAUGCCUGUCCGACUGCUGGCUGAUGUGACCCAUUUGCUGCUCAAAGCUAUGGAACACUUUCCCAAUCACCAGCAGUUACAGAAGAAUUGCCUCCUUUCACUUUGCAGUGACCGGAUCCUUCAAGAUGUUCCAUUCAACAGAUUUGAAGCAGCCAAACUUGUCAUGCAGUGGCUCUGCAACCAUGAAGAUCAAAACAUGCAAAGGAUGGCGGUUGCUAUCAUUUCUAUCCUGGCUGCCAAGCUUUCUACAGAACAAACUGCACAGCUUGGAGCUGAACUCUUCAUUGUCAGGCAACUUCUUCAAAUAGUGAAGCAGAAAACAAAUCAAAAUUCAGUGGACACUACAUUGAAGUUUACAUUGAGUGCACUUUGGAACCUCACAGACGAAUCCCCAACCACUUGCAGACACUUUAUUGAAAACCAAGGUUUAGAACUCUUCAUGAGGGUUCUAGAGUCUUUCCCAACUGAAUCAUCCAUUCAACAGAAAGUUCUAGGACUUUUGAACAAUAUAGCUGAAGUACAAGAAUUGCAUUCUGAAUUAAUGUGGAAGGACUUUAUAGACCACAUCAGUAGUCUCCUACACAGUGUUGAAGUGGAAGUGAGUUACUUUGCAGCUGGCAUUAUUGCCCAUUUAAUAUCCAGAGGUGAACAAGCUUGGACGUUGAGCCGUAGCCAGAGGAAUUCUCUUCUCGAUGAUUUGCAUUCAGCUAUUUUGAAAUGGCCAACUCCAGAGUGUGAGAUGGUAGCAUACAGGUCCUUCAAUCCAUUUUUCCCUUUACUUGGCUGUUUCACAACACCAGGAGUCCAGCUGUGGGCAGUUUGGGCAAUGCAACAUGUCUGCAGCAAGAAUCCUUCAAGAUAUUGCAGCAUGCUGAUUGAAGAAGGAGGACUGCAACAUUUAUACAACAUCAAAGAACACGAACAGACCGAUCCCCAUGUCCAACAGAUUGCUGUGGCCAUUCUGGACAGCUUAGAAAAACAUAUUGUGCGCCAUGGGAGGCCACCUCCCUGUAAAAAGCAGCCCCAGGCUAGACUAAAUUGAUAGCCAUAGGUAAUUGGGUAUUUGAGUCACUAGGAUCCUUUUGUGAUUGGUCCACUUGGAAUAUCUUACCCUCUGUGGUAUUUUGGGUUCUAUGACAAGUCAUAAGAUCAGUUUGGGAUUAAUAAUGUACAGUACUGCCCAUGUGAACAGUCUAAUAUGUCUUGUGAUUUUUAACUUAUGAGGCAAGGAAGGUCUCUUUAUCAUUCCCUUUUAGGAAAUUUUCCACAUCUUUCAGUGUUUGAAUUUACCUGUGCUUGAGAUUCUACAGUUUUCUGAUAGAGUUUGCACGAACCGGCCAGACUUUUCUGAUCUCAAAGUCCCUUCCAGUCAAUUUGUGGCCUCGGAUUUCUGGCACUGCUUCAGUUGUAAAGUUUCUACUGCUUCUGUAUAAAAUGCCUUUAUCCUCUGUGUAUCUCUUAGAAGACAACCUUUUUAGUGUGAAAAAAUGGAAACCUGUGUUGUCUCCCCAUGGAAACUAUUCACUCUGUGGAACCCAGGUGGCUGGCAGAAAAAUGUAUUGGGAAGAAAAAUAAUUGAGAAUUGUCUUCAUGGUGUGGUUUCUAAAAUGGGAUAGGUUACCCUUCUGGAGCCUACCUCUUUGGAGGCAGUGAGCAGAAAACCCUGUUCCCUGUAUUUAUGGCCAGAAACGUAGACUGGUACUUCCUAUACAGACUGCAGGUUGCUCUCUAGAAAUAUUUCAGGCAUCACACCAUAAACUAUUACAGUACUCUGUGUUAAAGUCUAAUUGUCUGAUUCUCUGUCAUAUUGUUCUGAAUAUGUAAAUUUUUAAAAAAUCGUCUCUGGUUAAAAGUAGCUGUUCUUUUCCUGCUGUGUUAAAGCCAUUUUUGUUCAGUGUGAUAGAGACUACUCAUGGUAUUUAUCUGCUCAGUUAAAACACAAUUGACAACAGUAAAGUUUGCCACAAAAAGUUAAAUUUGGGUUAGGGGUAUAGCUCAGAAGUUGAGUGCAUGCUUAGCAUGUACAGCCCCAAGUUCAAUGUUCAGUACCAAAAGAAAAAAGAAAAAGCUAAAUUUUUUCCAAAUAUAUAUAUAUCUUAUUAAUUUGUUCAUGUUAUAAAAAGAUGUCCACAUUUUACUGCCAAAAAUGCAAGAGAAGAUUAAGACCACUCUUGAAUGAUUAAAUGUAGUUAUUUUAAUUGCAGUGGAUAAAAGGAAAUAUUUUUGAUGGAUUAUUUUGUAAACAAUUGCUUUUCCUUUAAGAUACUUGAUACAGUAUAUUAAACAAUAAAAUAUCAUAUCAAUAAUUGCACUUGAGAGGAGGCAAAUCUCCAAGAAACUUAAUUUUCAUUUAAAAUUUAUUUUAUUAAUAAGGUUAAUAUGCAACGUCAGAUGAUUGCAUUUUUCAUAGCCAAAAUAUUUUCAGUAGAGAUUUUAAAUGGGAUGUUAAAAUGAUAGUGGUUAUUCAGAAGCAUGAUAGAAGUGGCUAUCAGAGACUUCUUCAGAAAGGAGCUGGUGGGGCCAGGGAUUUAGCUCAGUGGAGUGUACACAAAUGCAAGGUCCUGAGUUUGAUCCCCAAUAC